AUCUUAUACCAAAUUAAAUUUUACACCAAGUGCUACCAAAUCUAGUUUUUUCGUAUUCUUCUUUGUUCUUUCUUCCUCAUUCAAUGGCUAUUCUUCAGCUUUCCAUUACGUUGGCCAUGUUCUUCCUUCAACUGUUAUCAGGUGCUCAUUCAUCGACGUUUUCUAUCGUAAACAAAUGCAGCUAUACCGUUUGGCCGGGGGUGCUAUCAGGUGCUGGAACCCCACAAAUUUCACCUACAGGCUUCGCACUUCAACCCGGCCAAUCGACGUCCAUCCCUGUUCCAACAUCUUGGUCGGGUCGGAUAUGGGGUCGAACCCUUUGCACCGAAGAUUCAUCCGGUAAGUUCUCUUGUCUCACCGGAGACUGCGGCUCAUCGACACUUGAAUGCUCUGGUGGUGCAAUCCCUCCUGCCACCCUUGCGGAGUUUACACUCAAUGGUGCUGGGGGAAUGGAUUUCUUUGAUGUCAGCCUUGUUGAUGGUUACAAUCUACCAAUGAUGAUAUCCCCACAAGGUGGAACUGGAGUUAACUGUACCUCAGCUGGAUGUGCUGCGGAUUUGAACGGUGACUGUCCUAUGGAGCUUAAGGUUGUCGAUGGGAGUGAAGGGGUUGCAUGUAAGAGUGCCUGCGAUGCUUUUGGGGACCCCCAAUAUUGCUGCAGUGGAGCUUAUGCUACCCCAAAUACGUGCAAGCCCAGUACUUACUCGCAAUUCUUCAAAACAGCGUGUCCCACAGCUUAUAGCUACGCCUAUGACGAUGGAACCAGCACCUUCACUUGCACUGGUGCAGAUUAUGUUAUUACUUUCUGCCCUUCCCCUUCCACCAGUGUGAAAUCCUCCAAUCCCAUGGCGGUUGACAUCUCAUCAACGGGUUCCCAGCCUACUUCAUCAGCUUUCAUUGGUGGUGCCAUCACCACCACUUUGGCGGUAUUUUGGCAGUUGCGGCAUCUCUUUUGAGAAAUGACAACCAUUUUUAAUACGGUCACCUUGACCACUCCGCAAAGAUGGGUCCCAGCAAUUUGCAGGCCACUGUCCAAACAUCCAAUAAUAUUAAUCACGGACCUGCAAUUUCCAUCUCCAACUUGAAAGAAAAUAUCUCUUUAGUAUAGGAACAAAAGAUAGAAAUAUAUUGAUAUAAGAUACAUAUCGGCUACUUUUUCAGACAGAAUCUAUUGAAGGAAAAAGAGCUGGCAAAUUGAGGGCUUAUUCUUCGAUUGAUUUAGUAAUGAAUUUGUAGGAAGAGACAAUGAUUAGUUGGCUACAUAAAAAAUUUUUUAGCAAGUGCCUCCUAUUUCUUUCCUAAUGCCAACGGAGACGAGUUCAUUUGUCACUAUUUGUUUAUAAUGAAGUUCAUUUUCUUUUUUCUUUU